AUGAACUCCUUUCAGCCGGAAAGACUACACCUGCAGUUUCAUAAGGCUGUAGCUGAAUCUGCGAACAUCUGCGACUUCUUCGUAAGUGGUCUGACGCCGAUAAUUACAGAAGAGGACUUGUGGACUCAUUUUACUUCUUUUGGAGAGGUGUUUGACGUGCUUAUGUCAACGAAACCUAGUGAAAAUGCCUAUAUCGCAAUUCGGCCGACAGAAGAUCCGAUUGAAAUUACUGGAAAAAGACACUUUAUACGGGGAAUUGAGAUCAUUGCAGUGGAGUGCUAUUCAUUCGGUGAUGAUAACGGCCCCGAUCUCUUACGUGAGGAUGACGUGAAUCCCAAAGGAAUCUUCCUUGCAGAUCUGCCUAAAGAUACAACGAACUGCGAUCUAUUUGAAUACUUCUCACAAUUCGGACUUAUUACCGACGUUAUCUUGCUAAAAGAGAAGCUGGAUGGGGACAUUGGCCGCUGUGGUAUUAUAAUUUUCCGUGACGUGGAUGCAGUCAAGGAGGUGUUUGCUGCUCAGCCGCACCAACCUGAAGUGUUGUGUGAGGAAGACGUGAAUCCCAAAGGAAUCUUCGUUGCCGGUCUGCCUGAAGCCACAACGGACUGCGAUCUACAUGAAUACUUCUCACAAUUUGGCCUUAUGACUACCGUUUUUGUUAUGAAAGACAAGCGAGAAGAAAAGCGGGCUGAGGACUCUUGCCGCUGUGGUAUUGUAAUUUUCCGUGACACGGAUGCAGUCAAGAAGGUGUUUGCUGCUCAGCCGCACCAGUUAAAUUCGAGGCAAAUAAACGUUGAACCAGCAAAAUACAGGAAAGUCGACGACAAAAAAUUUGGAUUUUCAGUAUCUGACGAAGAUUUCGAUGACUCCAACGUUGAGUGCGAAGGCGAGAAUGCAAUAUACGAUUCUUGGGCAGGAUCCUCCGAACAGCUCGAGAUAUUUGUGGGCUCGCUGACACCAUAUACGACUGAGUUUCAGCUCGAAGACUACUUUUCUGCGUUCGGCAGUGUCGCAACGGCCCGAAUAUUGCAUGAUAGGGUCACCGGCAUGUCGCGUGGCUUCGGUUUUGUCACCUUUGCUGACAACACAGCCUUCAAGCAGGAUGUAUUGAAAGUCUGCCACUUCCUCAACGGUAGACGCCUACGUAUCAGGCUUUCAACGAACUUUCCCCAGUCU